AUGGAGACAGCAACUUCUUCCCCUUUGCCCAUUAAAUCGAGGAGAAACAGCGAAAAUUCUGGGUCUACUACAGUUAUACCGCAUAUGAACCCUUCUUUAGCAACACCGUUGACUGUGUCGACCAUGGUAAAUCAAUCAAAUUCUAAAGAGUUUAUGAAGUUGACCCCAGUUCGUAUUAGAGAUUUUGGUUCUCCUUUGAAAAACGUGUCCACUAAUUACCAUUUUUUAGACUCAGAAAAUGGUAAAGGUAACACAAUGGAUAAUAUGUAUAGAGAAAAUUUCAUUCUUAUUUCAAAGGAUCUAGAGAAAUUACUGGAGAAUCUCAAUGUCAUAUAUCAAAAUAUUGGGUAUUCUAAUACGGAAAUUAUCACCAAGGAGAAAAUCAUAUUCACCACUAUAUCUAAUUCCAUAAAACAAUUUUUUGAGCAAGCUGACGAAGAAUUGAAAAGACUGUCCGCAGAGAACGGAAUUGAACAGGAUAUUCUAAAUAACAUUCUAGAGAGAAUAAAUGACCCAAGUGGCAUAAAGACUAUUCCUGACUUAUACAUUAGAAAUGCUAUUCUACUGCAAGAAAGUAAAACUGUGCCACAGUCACCGAAAAAGCCACUUUCCUUACUAAGCAAAAAAGCAGCAUUAGAUACAGCAAAAAAAUUUGUCCUAGGAAGUUUUUUACCCAGGCUCCGCGACUAUUUAAAAUCCUUAAUCACUCUAAAACACCUCAUACAAUCUGUAAAAGAAAACCUUCCUGGAUUGACAGAAGCAGAUAACGAGGCUAUCGCCGAGUUUCCAGAAUUAAGCACAUUAACCGCAUAUUUGUUACAAAUAGAAAAUGGUAAAGGCGAUAUUGGUUUGUCCAUGAAAUUUAUUAUAGAUAAUAGAAAAGAUAUUUUAAAGGGAUCGGCAUUUAAAACUAUUAACGAAGAAUCUGUGAAACACAUGAAUGAAGUCAUAAAAAUUUACGAGGAAGAAUACGAGAGGAGGUUUAAAAGCGUACUCACAAAAAAGGUUAGUAUUUCAUCAAUAUGUGAACAACUUGGAACUCCCCUAGCAACGUUAAUCGGUGAAGAUUUUGAACAAGAUCUAAGAUCAUAUGGAGAAGAGGAAAACUCCACAUCAGAAAUACCAAAUUUCCACCCGGUAGACAGAGAAAGAAUGUCUAAAAUUGAUAUUACAUUGGAAAAACUGCAAGCUAUCCAUAAGGAAAGAGCAGACAAAAAGAGGCUCCUGAUGGAACAAUGCCAAAAACUUUGGACAAGGCUAAAAAUUUCUCAAGAAUACAUAAAGACUUUUAUGCGUAACAAUUCAAGUUUAUCAACCGAGUCCUUAGGUAGAAUCUCUAAAGAAGUUAUGCGACUUGAAGCAAUGAAAAAAAAACUAAUAAAAAAACUUAUAUCAGAUUCCUGGGACAAAAUUCAGGAAUUGUGGCGUACGUUACAGUAUUCAGAAGAAAGUCGGUCUAAAUUCAUCAUUGUAUUUGAAGAACUAAGGAACAGUGCAACAACUUUACAGGAAGAUGAGCUUCUUCUAGAAACUUGCGAAAAUGAGCUAAAAAGACUAGAAGAAAAACUGACCCUUUAUAAGCCAAUUUUAAAAUUAAUAUCAGAUUUUGAAUCUUUACAAGAAGAUCAAGAAUUUUUGGAAAGAAGUUCAAAAGACUCUUCACGGCUUUUGUCUAGAAAUUCUCAUAAGAUAUUACUAACUGAAGAAAAAAUGAGGAAAAGGAUAACAAGACACUUUCCUCGAGUCAUCAAUGAUUUAAGAAUUAAAUUAGAAGAGGCCGAUGGUCUAUUUGAUCAACCUUUUUUGUUCAAAGGUAAGCCACUUUCAGAAGCAAUUGACAUUCAGCAACAGGAAAUCGAAGCAAAAUAUCCAAGAUGUAGAGUUAGAAUGCAGAGAUCUAAAAAGGGAAAAUGUGGUGCGAACAAAGAGAAUAAAGUCAUAAAAAACACUUUCAAGGCCACAGAAAGUUCCAUCAGGGUACCGAUUGGUUUGAAUUUAAAUGAUGCCAACAUUACUUAUAAAACGCCUUCAAAGAAAACAAUACAAGGCUUAACAAAGAAUGAUCUAUCCCAAGAGAACUCGCUUGCUCGUCAUAUGCAAGGAACAACGAAGUUAUCUAGUCCGAACAGAAGAGCAACAAGAUUACUAGCACCCACAGUAAUAUCUAGGAAUUCCAAAGGGAAUAUAGAGAGACCUACCUUAAACAGAAACAGAUCAUCCGAUCUUUCAUCAUCGCCUAGGAUAAAUCAUACGCAUGGCGAACAUGCAGUAAAACCACGCCAAUUGUUUCCUAUCCCGCUGAACAAAGUCGACACUAAGGGUAGUCAUAUCCCUCAAUUAACUAAAGAAAAGGCUUUAGAACUUCUUAAAAGGUCGACUGGCACCACGGGUAAGGAGAAUGUACGAAGCCCGGAACGCAAAAGCUCAUUAGAAGAUUACGCACAAAAAUUGAGCAGUCCUUAUAAAGAACCUGAGCACAGCAUAUAUAAACUUUCCAUGUCGCCAGAAGGUAAAUUUCAAUUAAACAUUCAACAAAAAGAUAUUGAAAGCGGAUUUGAUGAUACCAGUAUGAUGGAAGAUGAAAAUGAUAAGGAUUUUAUUACAUGGAAAAAUGAGCAAGUUUCGAAAUUGAAUGGAUUCUCCUUUACAGAUAUUUGA